CCGGAGCGGAGCGGAGCGGAGCGGGGGGCCCAUGAGCGGCGAUGGCAGCGGCUAUCGCCAGCUCGCUGAUCCGGCAGAAGCGGCAGGCGAGGGAGUCCAACAGCGACCGGGUGUCCGCCUCCAAGCGCCGCUCCAGCCCCAGCAAGGACGGGCGCUCCCUAUGCGAGAGGCAUGUCCUGGGGGUCUUCAGCAAAGUGCGCUUCUGCAGCGGCAGGAAAAGGCCGGUGAGGAGGAGACCGGAACCCCAGCUGAAAGGAAUUGUGACAAGGUUAUUCAGCCAGCAGGAAUACUUCCUGCAGAUGCACCCAGAUGGUACAAUUGAUGGGACCAAGGACGAAAACAGUGACUACACCCUUUUCAAUCUAAUUCCUGUGGGUCUUCGCGUGGUGGCAAUCCAAGGGGUGAAGGCAGGUCUGUACGUUGCCAUGAACGCUGAGGGGUAUCUCUACAGCUCAGAUGUUUUCACACCAGAGUGCAAAUUUAAAGAAUCUGUCUUUGAAAACUACUACGUUAUCUAUUCUUCCACGCUGUACCGGCAGCAAGAAUCCGGACGAGCGUGGUUCCUGGGACUCAAUAAAGAAGGUCAAAUUAUGAAGGGAAACCGAGUGAAAAAAACCAAACCCUCAUCACAUUUUGUACCCAAACCCAUUGAAGUGUGCAUGUACAGAGAGCCAUCGCUGCAUGAAAUUGGAGAAAAACAAGGACGCUCAAGGAAAAGUUCAGGGACACCAACCAUGAAUGGAGGCAAAGUUGUUAACCAAGACUCGACAUAGCUGACAAAUACCCUCCCUUCUUCCAACUCCUCCCCUCCCACCCACCUACCCACCCCACCUGGCGAAACCACACUGAGACGAUGACAACUGAGCAAGGCAGGACCUACCGGUAGUGAAUUGGAGUGUGAACUCCAGAAUUUUUCUUUGUGUAGGACAAGAAAAUCGAAACCCAGAUCCUGCCUGUUGCAACGUUUUAAAAAACAACAACAACAACUACAAAAAAGUGAAGACAAAAUGUUUUAAAUCAGGACUCCAUUAACAUUUUCAAAAGCAAACUGUUUGCUCUGUGAUCAAAGGGGGAAAAAUCUCAUCUCUGCAUAAUAAUAAUAAUAAUAACAAAUAAUAAAU